CCUCCUCCUGUUCGUCCGCCCCCCAGCGCCGUGACGCCUUCGAAACCCCUUCGCCGGCGUCCCGGAAAGCAGCCUCUGCUCCUCCUCCUGCCGAAGCACGGCUACUCUACCCCGCAGGUGUCCUCGCCGUCUCCCUAGUCCCUACCCUCCACCGACUCGCGUGGGGAUAAGACGCAUCCAGGCGCCCAUGCAGUCCGCCGCCGCUCCGACGAGGGCAGGGAGCCGCCUCUGCACGCGCUGCGGCGAGCGGAAGGCCGCGCUCAAGCGGCCCAAAACCCUAGAACAGAUAUGUAGGGAAUGCUUCUAUAUUGUCUUCGAGGACGAGAUUCAUCAAACUAUUGUUGACAAUAAUUUGUUUAAAGCCGGUGAACGUGUGGCAAUUGGAGCUUCUGGUGGAAAAGAUUCAACCGUGCUUGCAUAUGUGUUAUCAGAGUUAAACAAACGUCAUAAAUAUGACCUCGAUUUGUUCCUUUUAUCUAUUGAUGAAGGAAUCACAGGCUAUAGAGAUGACUCCCUUGAAACUGUUAAAAGGAAUGAACUACAGUAUGGCCUACCACUGAAAAUAGUUUCCUACAAGGAUCUCUAUGACUGGACGAUGGAUGAUAUUGUGAAAGCAAUUGGCCUGAAAAACAAUUGCACUUUCUGUGGUGUUUUUCGACGUCAGGCACUAGACCGAGGUGCUGCUCUCUUGAAGGUUGAUAAGAUUGUAACUGGGCAUAAUGCAGAUGACAUUGCAGAGACUGUCUUGCUGAAUAUUUUACGUGGUGAUAUUGCAAGGUUAAGUCGAUGCACUUUCAUAACUACUGGUGAAGAUGGACCAAUCCCAAGAUGCAAGCCUUUCAAAUACACCUACGAAAAAGAGAUUGUUAUGUAUGCGUAUUUCAAAAAGCUGGACUACUUCUCCACUGAAUGCAUCUAUUCACCAAAUGCAUAUCGUGGAUUUGCUCGUGAAUUUAUUAAAGAUCUGGAAAGGAUGAGGCCUAGAGCUAUACUGGACAUCAUAACCUCUGGCGAAAAUUUCCGGAUAUCCACAACAACAAGAAUGCCAGAGCAAGGAACAUGUGAACGCUGCGGUUACAUUUCUAGCCAGAAAUUAUGCAAAGCGUGCGUCCUGCUAGAUGGACUGAACCGAGGCCUGCCAAAACUAGGCAUAGGGAGAACCGCUAAAGUCGGUGCUGGAGCUGAUGGUAGUGGCGAGCAGCAAGGCAAACGAGCGGAGAGGAGGAAUAGGUCGAGUCUACAAGGAAAACAUGGCAACUUGGACUUCUGAAUCAGUCUGCUGGACUGGCCACUCAGGGUGUAAGCAGGACUAGGUGUGGCAGUAUGCCCGCAUCAUCGUUGCGCGGGCAACUGUGCGGGCUAGGCAUCUGAACUUUAGUAGCUGUUGCUGGUGUUGUAUCAUGAUAAAAGUUUGAUCGAUCAACAGUUGAAUUGGACUAGCUGAACUUGCUAGCUGUUGUCGUCUGUAUGUGUAUUUGCAUGUACAAGAGGUGAAGGCCAGGUUAUAGUACCA